AUGAAUGACGUGGGUGAAAUGACAAAACUGGGAUUUGCAUUUUUAAACCAUGAACUGUACUGGUCCUCCCUCCUUAUAGCACAAAGCACACUGCCCAACUCUUCUAUACCUGAUUAUUUCCUUAUCUUAAAGUCUCUCUUACACCUGGGCUUUCACAAGGAGAUCCAGAGGAUUGUAGAACUCAACACAGACUUAUUGAAGAUCCAGGAAAUAAAGCUUCUCUACGUCAGAUCUGGAAAGGAAUCAUCCGUUCAACCAAUCACCAACGUGCAAGUGCCCACUUUUGAUACGCUGGACAGUACCUCAGUCGAGCUACUCUUCACAGCCUUGUCAAAGAAGGAACUACUCAGAAAGCAACAGUUUGUACUAUCGUUUGAACGGGACAGUAGAAAUAUUGAGCCCUUGAUAUAUCUUUAUAAGGAAUCGCUAUGCAAUUUCAAGGAAAUGGCUGCCCUUAUCGACAAAAUACCCAAUACUCAUCUCAGGAGUAUUAUGAGUGCUCUAAUAUCAGGGGAUGUAUCGAUUGAUAAUAUUGUCUGUCCAUUAGUAAUCUGCUCUUUGGCCUAUAAAACUCUCUUCGAACGGGAGAUGAUGAGCGGCAGUGCUCUUUUAUUCAGAGUAUGUGUCAGAAAUCUUGAUCUGUUCGGCGACUGUGAGUUUAUUUAUCUGGGAAUGGGAAUGUACUACUUGGCAAAGGAAAAGUAUAAAGAGGCCCUAAGCUGUUUUUACAAAGCAAUAGAAAUUAACAAGAACUUGGGGCCUGGUCAUCUCUUGGCAGGAAUUUGCCACUCGAAGCUGAAGGAGACUGAGUAUGCAGUUAAAGUUCUAAACAAUGCCUACUCCAUUAUGAGCUCAUCGUAUAUCCCGGCAUAUUGCCUGGCGUAUGAGUACCAGUUAAUGAAUAACAUACCAAAGGCAAAACACUAUUUCAAAAGAAGUAUUAGUCUUAUGGAGGAUUCGCUAGCUAUAAACGAAGUCCCAAAAAAUAAGAAACAUAGAUCCAUACGGCAAGAGACAUCUAGCAUUGAUAAUAUUUAUGGAAAGCCCACAGACUACAGAGUAAUCUAUUCGUUUAUUUACUGUCUAAUCUACAAUGAGGAGUAUGAGGAGGCCAUGAGGUAUCUUGAGUUAUUUAGUAUAAAGAAUAUUUUGAAGGUGUUUUGCCUUCUCUUUACUGGUAAGCUGGAAGAGGCAAGAGCUUCGCUGGAGGAGUGUGAGAAGAACAGCUACUAUUUUGUCUGCAAGGGAUUUAUCUGCCACCUGAUUGAUGAUCUUGAAAAUGCAAUACAAAACUAUGAAAAGAGCCUCGCGUUUGGAGCAAACUCUGUCAUAGAAAGCUUAUUGAAUAUGGCAUAUGAAAACAAGGUAAAUUCCAGACCAAACAGAGCUUUUGACUAUUCAAACUGCUUGUUUGAGUCAUUUGGAUUCAAAAAGAGGAUAUUUUGA